GUACGCGCGCUUCAGUCGCCCAUUCGCCGCCGCUUGCGCAGUCCGCGUCGCGCGGCAAGAGUUUUCCAACUACGGAAAAAUUGUGUCGCGAGUGUUGGACACAACGCACGAUCGUCCUUCACCUUACCUGUGCUAGACUGUGUCACUCUGACUCUGUGUUAAUAUGGAUAGUGUGUAUGGCUUUUAAGUGUAAACGUAGUGAUUUUCUUUACGGCAGCGCCCCUGGUCCACCCUUCUGCUGCUAACUUCCUUAACACGUAAGUCCCGGAACUCUCUACGUACAAGCACCUGAUUCCUACAGUUUCACUAUGGAGGCGACACGCCAAGUGUCGGCCCACUGGCUGUCCGCAAUAGUUCUUAUAUGUUCAUUCUUCUCAACUCAUUCGCUCAAUACUAAGAUUCACGAGCACAUGACAACAGAGGAGCUCAGGAACGUCUUCCACGUAGACCACCACAGUCACGUACCACAGUACCACUUGGUACACCUAACCCACCAUCUCUCUAGGCGGAACAUUCCCACAUCGCACUCAUCGAAUUCACAUUCACUAAACUCCGGGAAAAUACCCCAUGAAAAGAUCUCAAAAUCUACCAAGUCUAAUAGUCAACCUUCGCUCCUCAACGAUGAGAUGUUCAUCAAAGCGAAGGAGCACAUAAAAGACGUUGAUAUAAUUGGAGAUUUAAAUAACACAGUGAGUGUGCAGUUUAAUGUGACAAAUUCUAGUGAAGUUAGUGAUAGUGUUAGUGAUGGUGUUAACGAGCAUCCAGUGGAAGGCCAAGAAGAAGAUGUGCAUAAAAUCGAGCUGGAGGCGUUUGGGAGACUACUGAAACUGGUGCUGAAGAAACAAGAUGGAUUGGUGAAAAAGGACGGAUUGAGGAUGUGGCGUGUACUGACCAAUGAUUCGCAGCCGCAUGGAGUGGACUACGAGGAAAUGAAUGCGGAAGGCGAAGAAGACAUAGGAGAUAUCUACCAAGACGAUGAAAAUGGUGCCGCUCUUCUCAUUAGAAGGCAUCCGAAACAUGGCAAACUCGUGGUGGAGGGUUCAAUCGGUCACGAUUUAGUGAUACGUCCGAUCCCAGACACCAUGGCCGUCCAAGAUGAUGAGAUGUUCAUGGACCCGACCAGCAUGACUGACAUGGUAUCCAUAGACACUGGUCUUCCUAUUGUUAAAAGAAAAAAGGUCGAACAAGAGCAACUCCAGAAGGCGUUACAAGGUGCUGGACAUGUCAUUAUAAAAAGAGACCCGGCGCAAGGAGAUCACUCAAGUGAUUAUGCAUUCAUGGAACCAGACCAUCUUGGCAAGCGUUUCAGAAGGAAACGAUCGACAGAGUCGCUGAGCAGGCGGAAGAGAGAAGCACCAUACGUUAUAUACCCCGAAAUCCUUGUUAUUGUUGAUUAUGAUGGCUACAGGUUACAUGGCGGGGACAAUUUGCAAAUAAAGCGGUAUUUCGUGUCUUUCUGGAACGGCGUGGAUUUGAGAUACAAACUCCUUAAAGGACCAAGAAUAAGGAUAUCCAUAGCAGGCAUUAUCAUCUCUAGGGGUCGCGACGCCACACCGUAUCUUGAAAGGAACCGCGUCGGUCGUGAUGCUAUCGAUUCCGCUGCCGCUCUGACGGACAUGGGCAAGUACCUCUUUAGAGAGAGGAGACUACCUGUCUACGAUAUAGCUGUUGCAAUAACCAAACUAGACAUGUGCAGGAGACAAUACGCGAACGAUGCGUGCAAUAGAGGGACUGCAGGAUUCGCCUACGUUGGAGGCGCAUGCGUUGUGAAUAAACGACUUGAAAAAGUAAACUCUGUUGCUAUCAUCGAAGACACUGGCGGUUUCUCUGGCAUUAUUGUUGCUGCUCAUGAAGUUGGACAUUUGCUAGGAGCAGUUCAUGACGGAAGUCCACCACCCUCAUAUUUAGGAGGUCCAGGCGCUGAGAAGUGUAGAUGGGAAGAUGGAUUUAUCAUGUCUGAUCUCCGGCAUACGGAGAAAGGUUUCCGUUGGUCCCCUUGCAGUGUUCAGAGUUUCCAUCACUUCUUAAACGGUGACACUGCGACUUGCCUAUAUAAUUCUCCACACGAAGAUGACUCACUACCCCGGGUACUCCCCGGUCGCUUACUUACUUUAGAUGCGCAGUGUCGGAAGGACAGAGGAACUAGCGCAUGUUUCAAGGACGAGCGGGUUUGUGCCCAACUUUUCUGCUUCGAUGCGGCAAGCGGAUACUGCGUUGCUUACAGACCCGCCGCGGAAGGGUCUCCAUGUGGCGAUGGACAGUACUGUAUUAACGGUCGGUGUAUAACUGAACACGAGAACAUAAUACCGGACUACUCGCAACACACGCCGAGCUACAUACGACCCGAGACUAGUCCCUUCUACGGAAAUAUCACAAGUAACGAAGAAACAACUCAGCCAUACGUAGCUAGCACGUCAGAACCUGAACCUUACAAGCCUAAUUAUUAUCAAUAUUACCAAAAGAAAACAAGUCUUGAACCAUCAACAACAACUACGACAACUACGACGACAACAACAACUACAACAACUAGAACCACAAUGAAUCCCUACAAAUAUUAUUACUAUACAACAAGACGACCAACAGAAAACACAGAAAAAUCAACAGAAGCGACACAACCAUCCAGCACACAACCACCAAUUAACAAUUACUCGAUAACAACAACUAAAAAUCCAUACGAUUUUAAAGAUUUUACAACAAAGACAACAAAGCCGGAAGUGACCGAACCAAAACGGGGUUUCUUUAAAAAAGAAGAAUUAGACAGUUACUUCGGGCGGGGCACGACGAAAGGUCCAUUCUCAGACAAGGGAAUAAAAUCUCUAUUUAAAAUAGGAACAUAUUACUCACAAGCAAAAUCAUCAGACAAUUCUAUAAGACCAGAUGCGAAUUCUCAGCAAGUUCAAAUAGAGCCAGCGAGGUUAGUCUUCUCUUACCAAAGGAAUCUGACGUCAGGGGAGCUUGUUAGGACAUAGAAAUGCCAAAUUAAUUAUUGUAGCCGCCAUUAGCAAAUCGAGCGGGAAAAACAAUGAAGACUGCUUGCUGGACUAGAGACUGGUACCGAGGUAUCGACUAAGGCCUGGAUUGUUAACAAACCAGGCAGUUCGUCUCCAGCCUUUAAAUACAUUUCAGAUUGUGAAACGUGCGCACAUACCUUAUAAAAAUAUUACUUCCACAAUAAAGACUACAAUCUAUAUAGCUCAAAGCUAGAAAAGUUUUAUGUAAAUACUCGAUUUAUUUACAAAAUAUACUGAAUUAUAAUUUAAUUAUUUAAUAUUAAUUAACUUAAUUUUUUUAUCUUCGAAAUUUGUUUUAUUACUUUGGUAAUAUUAAAUUAUACAAGAGGUAAUAUACAGCGGGUAAUAAUGGAUGUGACGCACGUGCUUGUGUGUAUAAGAAUGUGUCUGAAGACAAUAUUAAGUGUCAGACAUGUGAGUGAUAUUACAAUGUGAUUGUGUUACAAUAAAUGAACUCUAAGUACACUAGAUAUAAUGUAUUAUGUAUAUUACGAACAAAACUGAUUCGAUAAGAGAUUUUAUAUCUCUACGAAGUUUUGUGUUUAAUGUAGAUUUUUGUCUUAGUCUAUGUUUUUAUAAGUGGUUGUAAAAAUAGCGUCGUUUUAAGAUUACAGAAUGAAACUGCCACAAAGUGCCUUUUUAAUAAUUAAUUAAGCCGAUAAUAAACAUAAUUCACGUAUACACCCAAUAUUUUUCUCUUAUUAUGCACUAAUAUCGAAACUAUUGUGGAUUUUUAAAAUGUCUUCUUUACUUUUGUUUUUUUUUUUUAAUACAGCGACUGGUUCGCAUUCUUCUAAAUAUUUAAGUUUAUCUUUUUAAGUUACUCUUUCUUACACCUUGUUAUUAAUAUAAGUCUGUUUUUAAUAUCGAAAUUUAUUUAUGUGACAUAGCUCUAUAAUUUUAAAGUUACCAUAGAUUAAAAAAUUGUAAUUAGUAUUUGGCAGUUUAGUUUUUAAUAGGAAUAAACCGUUUACUUCCAAUUUUGACGUCACUUGCCUUUUAAUAACUAUUUAUUAUAUAAUGUCAAUUAUUUAUGUAUAAACAAAUUCGUUUUGUCCUAAAUUUCUAAACUUUAAGAAAAAAAUAUACACGAAGAAAUAAAAA